GUUGGGUCAUGGGCCUGGAAAGCAGGUUUUUGUACAUGGCAAGCAUAUGCUGUUGUACUGAGCUUCAUCCCUAUACUGAAUUUUGAAAUUUGGUAGAUGGUAUCAUUCUGUUUCCCAUGAUGGCAUGUAUUCAUGACAUCAAUACUGCUCUUGACUUUUGUCAUUGGAUUUCAGGUGCAACGACAUUCUUCCUGCCUAUUGUAUUUGUUUUGAAAUUUUUUUAAUGAAUGUGAGUAUUUUGCCUGUAAGCAUGGAUAUGCAUCAUAUAGGUAACUGGUCCUCACAUUGAUCAAAAGAUGGUCUCAGAAACCCUGAACUUGGAAUAAUGGAUAGUUUUGAUUCCCUAUGUAAAUGUUGGCAAUUGACCGCACCUAUAUGCAAGACCAGCAAGAGUUCAUUACUACAGAGCCUCCUCUCGUGCCCUGUGUUGAUGAUUUAUUAUCAACAUUUAUAUUGCUAAUGUUUUUAUCUGUCCAUUUGUAACUGUUUAAACAUUCAGUGCCUUUUAGAAAGAUCUUAUUCAUGUGACAGAUUAAAGUGGGGUACUUCAGCUUUCUAGAAUAUGAAUACAGAAGUGAAAUGAAUGCACAACUCUUUGUAGAGACUCAGUAAAUAAUCUCUGAGUUCUUUCUAUAUUUUUUGUUUGAUUGAUUGAUUUUUGCACAGGAAACAGGGUCCCAAUAUGUACUUCUGGCUGUCCAAGAACUGAUUGCAUAUACUAGGCUAGCACUCAAUUCAGAGGCAGAUAUACCUGCCUCUCCCGCUGAGUGCUGUGUUUAAAGGAUGAGCCAAUAUACCCAGCUUGUUCAUCUUAUUUUUCUUUUUUGUGCUUAGUAAUAUAAUUUAUCUUAUGUGUAGUCUGUACUGUUGAUGUGUUUACUUGUUUCUCUGUGUUUGUUAAUAGACAUUUCUGUUGCAAGGUCAUAUCCCAUUCAAAAAGUACAGAAAUGACAGAGUUGAACCUCCUAUUCAGUAUUGUUCUAGAGUGACUUGAUGAUUCAAAUAUAAUGUCUGUGUCAUGAAAUAAGUGUGUGGAGCACCAGAAUUACAUACUAUGCUGUCAAAGAAGUAUACAUUUGCAAUGUUGUCAGUGUCAUGCUUCCUGUUGUACCCAUAUAUGGGAUAUUUCAGAAUGCAGUGACCUAUGAUGAUGUGCAUGUCAACUUCACCUGGGAAGAGUGGACUUUGCUGGAUCCUUCCCAGAAGAAUCUCUACAAAGAUGUGAUGUUGGAGACCUACAGGAACCUCACUACUAUAGGAUACAGCUGGGAAGACCAUAAUUUUGAAGAACAUUGUAAAAGUUCUAGAAGACGUGAAAGGCAUGAAAGGAGUCAUACUGGAGAGCAACCUCCUGAAUAUACUCAAUGUAUUAAAGCCUUUGUAUAUGACGAACAUCUUCAAAGGCAUGAAAGAAUACAUACUGAAGAGAAACCCUGUGAAUGUAAUGCAUGUGAUAAAGUCUUUGUACAUCACAGUAGUCUCCAAAUCCAUAUAAGUACCUGUACUGGACAGAAACUCUAUGAAUGUGACGAGUGUGGCAAAGCCUUUGCUCAUUACUGUACUCUUCAAAUACAUAAAAGAAUACAUACUGGAGAGAAACCCUAUGAAUGUAAUCAGUGUGGUAAAGGCUUUACUUCUCACAGCAGUCUCAGAAUACAUAAAAGAACACAUACUGGAGAGAAACCUUAUGAAUGCAAUCAGUGUGGUAAAGGUUUUUCACAACUCAGUCAUCUUCAAAUGCAUAAAAGAACUCACACUGGAGAGAAACCCUAUGAAUGUAAUCAGUGUGGUAAAAUCUUUGCACGUCCCAGUACUCUUCAAGUGCACAAAAGAACACACACUGGAGAGAAACCCUAUGAAUGUAAUCAGUGUGGUAAAUCCUUUGCUUCUCACAGCAGUCUUGGAACACAUAAACGAACACAUACUGGAGAGAAACCCUAUGAAUGUAAUCAUUGUGGUAGAGCCUUUGCUCAUCACUGUACUCUUCAAAGGCAUAAAAAAACACAUACAGGAGAGAUACCCUAUGAAUGCAAUCAGUGUGGUAAAGCCUUUGCACGUCAGAGUGGUCUUCAAAUGCACAAAAGAACGCAUACUGGAGAGAAACCCUACGCAUGUAAUCAGUGUGGUAAAGCCUUUGCACGUCACAGUAAUCUCCAAAUGCACAGAAGGACACAUACUGGAGAGAAACCCUAUGCAUGUAAUCAAUGUGGUAGAGCCUUUGCAGAACAAAGAAGUCUCCAAAUACAUAAAAGAUCACAUACUGGAGAGAAACCUUGUGAAUGUAAUCAGUGUGGUAAAACCUUUGUAUGUCAAAGUAAUCUCCGAAUACAUAAAAGAAGACAUACUUGAGUGAAAUCCUAUGAAUGUAUUCAAUGUGGAAAUGCCUUUGCACAUCAAUGUCAUCUUCAAAGACAUAAAAGUACACAUACUUGAGAGAAAUCCUAUGAAUGUAAUCAAUGUGGUAAAGCCUUUGCCCAACACUGUACUCUUCAAUGGCAUAAGACAACACAUACUGAAGAGAAAACCUAUGAAUGUAAUCAAUGUUGGAAAGCCUUUACACAUCACAGUGAUCUUCAAAAUCAUAAAAGAAUACAUUGGAUGUUAAAACAGCAUGUGGCAGUCAUAGCAGUUGAGAAGCUCUGGGAAAGAUACACCUUAUACACAUGGCAUCCAUGUGGAAAGUCUUAUUGGGGGAAGGGAGAAGGGAAGAGAAGAAAGAAGAGAAAGAAAAAAUGGAAAAAAAGAAGAGAGGACAUGCACACUACCUCAUAACUAGAAAGAGAGGAAGGAAGAGAGAAGUAGAGGGAGGGCUUUUUUCUCAAAGGGGGCUUUACAUAAGAUGACAUGGUCAGGAUGCUGAGCAGGUUCUUUUUGAUAUGGAGAAAUUUAUUCACAGGUAUCGGUGUGUAUCAUAGCUAAAACAAAGCUUUAUUUAACUUCAUGUAAAUAAAAAAUGAAGAAUUGGAUGGUUAGUUAAAAUAGUUGUAUUGGACUCUAAAAUAUGUAAAGUAACCCAUGUUUCUGGCAAUUAUUAAAACUACUCCCUAUGUAAGCAGUUAUGGGUAAAAGGCCUCUUUGCUCUAUGAGAAGUCUAAAAGAUAAAUGUUUAACUGUUGAAAGGCAUGUAUUGUUUGUUAUUUUAUUGCUGUCUUUUUUUCUUGGUUCUAUUUUGUGCUUCAGGAAUUAUAGCUUUAUUUUCAUAUUAUAUUUUCUUGCUAUACUUAUUCCUCUCCUCAAUCUGAAGUGUCACUUCCAGUAUCCUCUGUACUGAUGGUUUGGUGGACAUGAAUUCUUUUUGCCUGCUUAUAUUAUGUCCUCAUGGCUCAGCCUUGGACUUUAUUUUAGUCUUUGCUCAAAGGUUCUCUUCCCAGUUAUACUCACACACAUUUUUCUGUUUUCAGGAUCUAACUCCCCAACAGAUUUCCUUAAUUCUUUAACCAUCUGGACAUUUUUUCCUACCAUGUAUCAUUUUUUAAGGAAGUAUUAUAUUUACAUAUUUUUUGAUUACUAUCAUUCCCCCUAGUAGAACCUAAGAUCCAUAUGGGAAACAAUGUUGUCUCUUUUAUCCACAAUGAUACACAUGUUCCUAUAAUAGCCUCUGGCUCAUAGUAAGUAUCCAAUAAAAGUUUGCAUCAUAUAUGAAUUGCUCAGUGUGACAUCCCCAUGCCAUUGAAGUACAUUUUUAAAUUGAUGAUCAUAUGGAACUUGUCAAAAACUCAGUUUCUGUGUAUAUGGCCUUGUGAAGGAAAAUCAUUUUUCACAUAGAGAGGAAACUGAAAAAGUCCAGAAGAAAAAUAAUCUGUAUGCUCAGUCCACUCUUCUCAAUACCUUGUGAGAGAACUGGAGAAAGCUCAUAGGAAAGAUCAAAUUAUCUGAAAAAAGUAAUGGUGAAUUUCUGACCACAGUUAGGCUACUGAAUUUGAACUCAGCUCUAGUAGCUGCUGUUGAGAGAUGUUGAAACUCCUAAUAACAAGACCUUCCCACUCUCUUCCCUUAAAGGUCUCAGAAUAUUCUAGGAAAUCUACACUAUGGACCAACCCAUUAAAACUCAUGAACAAUUAGAGAGCAUAUCCAAACUAUUGCAUUUGUAUUCUUUGUCAAUGCAUUCCUCCAUGAAUGCAUGGGGAGGACCAAGAUAGUAAUGAAGAGAAGUUCAGCCUUGAGAAAAAAAUUAUUUUCCUAAGAAGAUAGUUUACCUACUGUAAACAAUUAGGUGAGUUUUAUGAGUUACAAGAAAAGGAGAAGUGGGUAGGGAACAAUUUUGAGUGAAACAGAACUUGAACCUACAGUCUUAUGUGAAUAUUAUAUGAAUUGAAAAAUUAAAGUAACAGUAAAGAUAUUUUUUAAA